GUCUCUGUGUAGCCACACCAAGCCGCGCCUCCUCAGUUACUCGCGCAUCAACAUGGCGACGUGCAGGAACAUGGAGCACAGCAGGGGAAAAAUUUCUGCCCUUUUCCUGGUGAUUCUUGUCCAACUGUUUGUCGGUAUCGUCCUGUCAUUCCCGGUGAAUAUUACAGAACCAUUAGGAAACAGUCAACAAGAAGUUUUGCCCCAAAAUCUGACUAGUCUGGAGGAACCAAAUCCCACAAGUCCUAAAUCGCCUGUAACCGAAACAGAUCCUGCAAACAAAACAGCUGCAGAUGAAGGUAAGAUGCACGGGAUCUCCGUCAUUGAUUCCUCGCUUCAAGGAGAGAACACACUAAAUGAAAGCAGUCCCGCUGCAGCAGCGGACCAAGAUGACACAAAGGUUUCCACCACAGCACCUACUACUACAUCUGGCACAACCUCAACCAAACCAGGUGAAGAAUUACCAGGGCUCAACAAACCAAACUCGGAGCAGGACACUGAUGCAGAGCCAGUAGAUGACAAGAACAAAGAGAAGGGAGAUCAAAUUGAUAUGGACCGUUUCCUCUAUGAUGAUGAUGAAGAAGAAUCCGAUUACGAGGAAAGCAACUUGGAUAGCUUUGAUGAAAGUGACGAUAUUGGAGCUGAAUUUAACAAUGAUGAUCUCAAAGACCUUUCGGAUUUGCAGCAAGGCAGGAUAGAGGAGCCUGCAUUCAAGAAAGGAAGCUACAAUGCAGAAGGGGAGGAAGACUCACACUUUUUCUUCCAUCUGGUCAUCCUGGUUGUCCUAGUGGCCUUCAUCUACAUAAUGUACCACAACAAGAAGAAGAUUGUUCUCUUGACCCAAACACGGCGAUGGAAGGAAGGCUUAUGUUCCCGUAGCAACAUAGAGUAUCACCGUCUGGAUCAGAAUGUCAACGAAGCCAUGCCGUCCCUCAAAAUGACCCGCGACUACGUUUUCUGAUCCGCACUCCAGCAAGGACGAAUGCUGAAGACCUUUUCAGAGCUCGUGGGCUUUCUUUCCUGGCCAGUUGCACUGACAUAAUGCUGUGCUUCGUUAUGAUUGAUGCUUUCUCUCUUUCUCCCUCCUGGGGCCAACAUUGAAAAACAGUUUGUCUGCAUUUCUUUUUUCCUUUUUUUUACUGUUUUUCAUAUUAGUUAUAUUUCAUCAUAAUUUCUAAUAAGUUUUAUAACUGUGUAACCCCUUGGGAUUGGAUGUUUUGGAUCGUAAGUGGUCAUAUAUUUUGUAUUUAUUUCUCGUUGCAGUCUAGUUUCCUCCUUGCCAAAUGUGAUUUGUUAAUCAGUAGAAGGGUGGACAAGGUUGUAAUAAAGGCUAUUCUCAUUCUGUAUUGUUAAUCAAAAUGUGAAUGUUUGAAUCAGAAGAAAAUCAAAAUAGAAACUGAUUUAAAGACAUUGAUGCACAUGUCAAAAUACAGGCAUCCCUGACUUUUCUGACUCAACUGGUGUCAGCUUUUUUGAUUCAAGUGUGGUUGAAAUAUAUGUUUAUUUGUAUUUCAAAUUAUUUUAAAAGAUUUAUUCAUUUUAUACGCAUAUCCACAUAAAAUAACAACGCUUUUUCCUUUUAUGGGAAAAUGAUGCUGUUCAUUUAGCACGGGGGCGACAGGGAUGAUUUUCUGUGCUUUAGCCAUUUAAAUUGAACUGCAGAUUCUGAAGUUGGUCAGAAUGUACUUAGAAUGAACUCAACGUAGUAUUUCACGGAAAUAAAGCCACACUGUAAGGGACAUAGCUGAAUAAUCAGUUCAAUUCACGUUUUGGAAUGUGAGGCUUGAGCCACACCGGUACACAGGCUAUUGAUUGUUUUCCUUGACUUUCACAUGAUCACCUCCCUGGCUUACAAAGGUGUGUGUGUUACAAAAGCAGUGAUGCUUAUUAAGGAAUGGCCAGAGGCCAAGGUGGCGCUAACUGUAAGCUGACUACUGCUGUUACUGCCCUUACUGCCAGUGCACACCUAUGUGAAAAUGACCGCUUCUGUUGCAAUAUGAUACGAUUUCAGCCCUCAAAACUUUUUGUAAAAUCAAAAUUAUAGCUGUAGCUUCAAUUCUGUGAAAUACGAUAAUUUAUGAAAAAAGAGAUUUAUUUUCGAACUUCCUUCCUUUACCACCUGUUUACAUUUACCUAGUCCUGUACGGAAACUCUUUUCUUACUACUGUCUAGAUUUUGCUAUGCAGAAAUCCUGGGCUUUUUUUCUUUCUUCGUUUUAUGACUUCGGUGAAGUCUUUAUAAUCCUUGUGUUGUCUUUGGUGUGGCAGAAAUGUUGUGUCCUCUCCUGGUACGUUUAACUGUCACGUGUGUCCGUCACAUGAUCUUCCCUGUGUCUUCAUGUUCUCACGAGCACCGGAUGAAAACCUUUUCUCUUCUCGCUCUUCUGCUUUCUCAUGCCUUCAUUUGAAUCCACUCCAUUUCCAUACGAGGGACACUAUGUAAUAAUGCGAUGUUUUGCACUGUGAUUUUUCUGUCACAUGACUUUGAAAAUGAGUGAGGGAGGUGUCCUGUGUCCAGGUGAUGGAUCUUGCAAUCAACUGUAGAAUAUGUACAAUCUCCUUUUGGUCAAUAAAGCACAACUUGGUAAAAAGUUCA